AUGGCCAUGGUCGUGAACCCUUGGCAGGAGGAGAUCCCCGGGGGCCCGCCAGGCGCCCAGCCCCCUCCGGGCCUGCCGUGCGCUCCGGAGCCGGGGGUGGCCCCUCCGCCGCCGGGCCCCCCGAAGGGCGCGGUGGCCCCGGGCCCGGCGGAGGCGGGGGAGAAGGGGGGCGCCCCGCCGAGUGUGGACUGCAUGGUGUGCGGGGACAAGUCCAGCGGGAAGCACUACGGGCAGUUCACCUGCGAGGGCUGCAAGAGCUUCUUCAAGCGCUCGGUGCGGCGCAACCUGAGCUACACCUGCCGCAGCAACCGGGAGUGCCCCAUCGACCAGCACCACCGCAACCAGUGCCAGUACUGCCGCCUCAAGAAGUGCCUCAAGGUCGGCAUGCGCCGGGAAGCCGUGCAACGGGGACGCAUGGCCCACACGCAGACCAGCCCGGGCCAGUACCUGCUGAACAACGGAGACCCGUACAACGGCCACUCCUACCUGACCGGCUUCAUCUCCCUGCUGCUGCGGGCCGAGCCCUAUCCAACCUCCCGCUACGGGGCCCAGUGCCUGCAGUCCAACAUCAUGGGCAUCGAGAACAUCUGCGAGCUGGCUGCCCGCCUGCUCUUCAGCGCCAUCGAGUGGGCCAAGAACAUCCCCUUCUUCCCCGACUUCCAGCUCUCCGACCAGGUGUCCCUGCUGCGCAUGACCUGGAGCGAGCUCUUCGUGCUCAACGCCGCCCAGUGCUCCAUGCCGCUGCAUGUGGCCCCGCUGCUGGCGGCUGCCGGCCUCCACGCCUCGCCCAUGUCGGCCGACCGGGUGGUGGCCUUCAUGGACCACAUCCGGGUCUUCCAGGAGCAGGUGGAGAAGCUCAAGGCCCUGCACGUCGACUCGGCGGAGUACUCCUGCCUCAAGGCCAUCGCUCUGUUCACGCCAGACGCAGUGGGCCUCUCGGAUCUGGGCCCCGUGGAGAGCAUCCAGGAAAAGUCGCAGUGCGCCCUGGAGGAGUACGUCCGGAACCAGUACCCCAACCAGCCCAGCCGCUUCGGCCGGCUGCUGCUCCGCAUGCCCUCCCUGCGCAUCGUCUCCGCGCCCGUCAUCGAGCAGCUCUUCUUCGUCCGCCUGGUGGGCAAGACGCCCAUCGAGACCUUAAUCCGGGACAUGCUGCUGUCGGGAUCUAGCUUCAACUGGCCCUACAUCCCCAUGCAGUGAGGAGGGCGGCAGGAGGAGCUCGGGGUUCCGGGGCAGCGGAGAUGCGCCCCUGGAUUCCGUCCGGAGCAGGAAGGAUCGCUGUGACCCCUCCCUGCUUUGGAGGAAUGGGCAGGACUCACCGCCGGCAUGUUGGAGGGCGGGGGUUGAUGGUCCCACGGCGCUGGGGCGUGGGGCGUGAGGCCCAGCAUCUGGA